AUGUACUAUGAUUGCUACCUAGCCAUCUGCCAGCCUCUUUGCUACCGUGUCCUCAUGACUGGCCCCCUUUGCAUCAGGCUAGCUGCUGGCUCUUGGUUCUGCUGCUUCCUCCUUACAGCAAUCACCAUGGUCUUGCUAUGUAGACUAACCUUCUAUGGACCCUAUGAAAUCGAUCACUUCUUUUGUGACUUCACCCCUGUGGUUCAUCUCUCCUGCAUGGAUACCUCAGUGACUGAGACCAUUGCCUUUGCCACCUCUUCUGCAGUAACUCUGAUCCCAUUUCUCCUCAUUGUAGCCUCCUACUCCUGCGUCCUUUCUGCUGUCCUAAGAAUCCCAUCUUGCACAGGCCAGAAAAAGGCCUUCUCCACCUGCUCUUCCCACCUCACUGUGGUCAUGGUGUUUUAUGGGACACUGAUUGCCACAUACCUUGUGCCCUCAGCCAACUCAUCCCAACUCUUGUGCAAAAGGUCCUCUCUGCUCUACAUCAUCCUGACACCCAUGUUUAACCCUAUCAUUUAUAGCCUGAGAAACAGAGACAUCCAUGAAGCUCUGAAGAAGUGCUUGAGGAAGAAGUCAGGUGUUUGCCUUAGGUAA